UUAAUCAUGACCCCAAUAUGAAUACCAAAUGCCGAAUGGAAAAUUAAAAAAAAAAAUAAAAAAAUUAACACGCGGAGGGUUAAGGAAUGGGAAGACGGAGGAGAAAUGGUGGUUGUCUAAAAUACCAUUUCCCUUUCCAUUUUCCUAUCAGACAAAUUACAAUAUGUGUCAAAAAAAAUGAAUUCUUUCACCAAAUUCCCCACAAAUCUCACAAUUGUCUAUACGCAAAUACUACAAAAGCUUAAAAACACCCCAUUCUUGAAGUCAACAAUGAAAAACAUCAACACCAAACAACACAAUUUUCACCUAUGUUCUUGCUACUUCUUUCUAAUUUCACAAAUUCUUUUACCAAUUCUUGCAAUACCAACACCAACACCAACAACUAACACAAUCACAACCAAAAAUCCACUUACAAUACACAAAACUUUAAUCUCUAAAACAAAAAAAUUCGAGUUAGGAUUUUUCACUCCAGGUGGUCCAAAUUCAGACAAAUGGUAUCUAGGAAUAUGGUACAGAGAAAUUCAAGAAACAACUAUGGUUUGGGUUGCAAACAGAGAAAACCCCGUUAACAAUUCAUCUUCAUCGUCUUUACCUGUUUUAAAACUUAGCCAAGAUGGUCGUCUUGUUAUUUAUGACGGUGCUGGAAAUUCUCUCUGGUACUCGAAUAAACCUCAGGAUUUUAAUUAUCCCACAGAUACUAAAUUUAUUGCUCAGUUAUUAGAUUCAGGGAAUUUCGUCGUUCGUCCUGAGAACGACGAAAAUAAGGAGAGUUAUUUAUGGCAGAGUUUUGAUUAUCCUACUGAUACUUUGUUACCAGGGAUGAAACUUGGGUGGGACUCGAAAACAGGGUUAAAUAGGAAUAUUACUUCAUGGAAAUCUCCAUUUGAUCCAGCACCUGGAAAUUAUACGUUUAAACUUGAUAUUAAUGGUUUACCAGAAGCUUUUUUGACAAAUAGAGAGAAAGUUUUUUAUAGGAGUGGACCUUGGAAUGGAGUUGGAUUUAGUGGUGUACCAGAAAUGAGGCCUACAGAGGUUAUAACAUUCGAGUUUCAGAUGAACAAAGAUCAAGUUUACUACACAUUCGAGGUACUCGACAAGAAAAUAUGUUCAAGAUUGUUAGUGAAGCAUAAUGGUUUCUUAGAGAGGUACACUUGGAUUCCGACUAGUCAUAUUUGGAACAAAUUCUGGUAUGCGCCAAAAGACCAAUGUGAUUUUUACGAAGAGUGCGGCGUUUCUGGAAUUUGUAAUGCGAAUCUUUCGCCAGUGUGCAAAUGUCUAGUGGGCUACAAGCCCAAAAAUCAAGUGGCAUGGGAUUUAAGAGAUGGAUCAGAUGGAUGUGUUAGGGACCAUGAUUUGGAUUGUAAAACUGAUGUUUUUAACACAUUGAAGAACAUGAAAUUGCCAAAGAGUUCGACUUCAUUUGUGGAUACUAAGAUGAAUUUGGAUGAAUGUAAAGAAAUGUGUAGGUACAACUGUUCAUGCACGGCAUACACCACUGCGAACGUGACGGGGGCGGGUUCUGGAUGUGUCCUUUGGACAAAGGAAUUAGUCGACAUGAGGCAAUAUUCAGCGGCAGAAGGUGGACAAGUUCUCUACGUUAGAGUUGCCGCUUCUGACGCAGCACAAAGUGGAAAUGUGGGAUCUGAAGAUGGUUCUGGCAAAAUAAAAAGAAUUGCUAUGGCUACUGGAAUCACAGCUGGUGUUGUUCUUGUGCUAAUUGGAGUAGUAAGCAUUUGCUUAUUAUCAAAGAGAAAGAAAUUGGAAGGUCCAAUAAUAAGAAAGAAGACAGAACAAAGAGGCUCUAAAGAAAGAAGUCAAGAUCUUCUAGUGAACACAGCCAUUAUUCCAAGUAAAAGAGAAAUUUCUGGUGAAACUGAGGUGGACGAGUUUGAAUUGCCAUUAUUUGAUCUCAGCACCUUAGCCGUGGCUACAGAAGAUUUUUCUGAUGCAACCAAGUUAGGCCAGGGCGGUUUUGGUUGCGUUUACAAGGGAAUAAUAGAUGAUGAUCAAGAAAUAGCAGUGAAAAGGCUCUCAAAGAAUUCAGGCCAAGGAGUAGAGGAAUUCAAGAAUGAGCUAAGAUUGAUUGCAAGACUUCAGCACAGAAACCUCGUCCGCCUUCUUGGCUGCUGUGUUGAGAUGGGAGAGAAGAUGUUGAUAUACGAAUACAUGGAAAAUAAAAGCUUGGAUUCAAUCUUAUUCAAUAAGCAAAAAAGCGCGUUACUCGAUUGGCAAAGGCGAUUCAGCAUUAUUUGUGGAAUCGCUCGGGGGCUUCUGUAUCUUCAUCAAGAUUCAAGAUUUCGGAUUAUCCAUAGAGAUCUGAAAGCAAGCAACAUUCUCCUUGACAAGGAUAUGAUCCCAAAAAUAUCAGACUUUGGCAUGGCAAGGAUUUUCGGAGGCGAUGAGACUGAAGGAAAUACAAAGAGAGUAGUUGGAACCUACGGUUAUAUGUCUCCUGAAUAUGCGAUGGACGGACUGUUCUCUGUUAAAUCGGAUGUCUUCAGCUUUGGAGUUUUAGUGUUGGAAAUUGUAACAGGGAAGAAGAAUAGGGGAUUUUAUUUUCAGAACAGCCAAAGAAACCUUCUUGGCCAUGCAUGGAGACUAUGGAUAGAAGGAAUAGCCUCGGAACUACUAGAUUCAACAGUUGGAGAAUUGUUUUCUCCGUGCGAAGUAAUGAGAUGCAUACAGGUCGGGCUAUUGUGUGUUCAGGAGCAAGCAGAAGAUAGACCGAACAUGGCAACCGUUGUAUUGAUGUUAGGCAGUGAAAGCGCAACGCUUCCUCAGCCUAAGCACCCUGGAUUUUGCCUCGGAAGGAGACCAGUUGACGACUACUCGGAAACUAUUUAUGAGGAAACUUUUACGGUGAAUGAAGUUACAAUAACCAUGCUUGAAGCUCGUUAGUCAAAACUACAGAUGGUCUGGAUCGGCUGGACAACACUUGUACCUAACAGAAUAGAAAUCAAGGCAAAUUCCACUGAUGGGAGCGAACAUAGAGAUUCCCUGACGAAUGAAUGCUAUAACAUGGACUCCUGCUGGCAACAUGGUAUAGUACAUCAGUAACUACAGAGGUUAACAAUUUUCUCUUGUACACUUACCUUCUUUCUUCUUCUUCUUCUUCUUUU